CGCCCUCUCGUCCGUUGGGGGAAAAAGAGAGCGGGGGGGGUGGGGGGCGCGAGGCAGUAGCGCGCGCUUAUUGGCUUGCGCGGGCUGUCACCAACAACAAGACGGGGUCGGUAAGUGCAGGGAGGCGAAGAGAGGAGGGAGAAACACGCACGGCAGGGCCAAUGCUUUUAAUAUAAGGCCCCGGGGUUAGGGGUUGGAGGAGCAAGAACAAAAAAAAGGUGUCUGCUGCAAACUGGAGAUCACACCUAGCUCGCAGUUGCAGCAAUAUUAGUAACUAGUGUGAAAAUGGUUUGAAGGAGGAAGAGAACGGGAGAGGGGGUACGACGACUUUUUAAUGUGUGUGGAUGAUACUGUCUACCACUUUAGGCCUACCGAGGGCAGCCAGCCAAUAGCACACUGAACAGGCUGAGGGAGCAUGGAGAUGCUCGGCUGUUGAGCUAUUUUUUGAGAGGUGGGGGUGAAAGCAAAAGGGAAGGAGUUUUUUUGUGAGAUGCUCAGCAAGGAAGUGGACACGAUUCGUGUCUGGAUUUUUUUCAUCAUUCUCCACACAUUCGUUCUUUAUUGAUAACAGUGGAAAGUGCCAGGACAGCUGAGGAUGUAGGGCAGCCAUGUUGCACCAGGAACUUUUCAUUGAGAAAAGGCUUAUUUCCAAACCUUUUUUUAAAUAUAAAAAAGAGAGCCCUUCUCGGUAAAUGAUGAUUUAAAUAAAUAGGUAGUGAUAGUCGGGUUUAAGUAAGCUGCCAUUGCAGUAGGAAGAAAGAACGCAGCAUCCCGAAGGCGAUCAGGAGAAUAUAGGAGGAAAAAAGAGGUUGAGGGUGACUAGGGCAGAAUGGAUCAUAUCUGUGAAUAUGAAUUUACGGUGGGCAGCUCUCUACCUUUUUCUAAUCAGCAACGUUUUUCAAAUUCAUUGGGUUUCAGUAUUUCUGAGAGCAGUGGCAUAAGCUACAGAACAGGGCAGAAUGAUGUCUGUGGCGAAGAGUGUUACAAUUUACAGGAGAGAAGUGCUGUUCACCUGUCACCUGGUUUUCAGGAUAGCACAUCACCUGUGUUAAAUGGACAUGGUUCAACGUCGCCAUAUAUUCCGUUGCGCAAGCUUCAAGAUCUGGCUUCUAUGAUCCCCACUCGGUUUUCUGAUUCCACAGAGGCAAGGCAGUGGUUGGAUUCCCCCCAGGAUUCUGUGACCCAGGACUGUUGUGUGACGGAUAAAGACAGUUGUUCUCCCUCAGAGUCUGAUUCUACACCAGAGGUGAAGCUCAAGAUAACUAAAAUGGUUAUGAAUGGAAAGAUGAUGUUUGAGUCGGCCAUUUGCAGUGAGGUGGAGACUGAGGAUGGAAAGGGUUCUGAUGAGCAAUCUCCAGGCAUUGAAGAUCGAGAAGCACCAGUACUGCAUAGAGCAAAAAGAAUGAGAAAGAAAAGUGUUAAAUACAGUCCUUCUCAUGAAACAGAAGAGAAGGAGGAAAAUGAGAUGUGUUCUCCUGCACUACCGCCAGUGGAAAGAAGGAAGCAUUGUGUCGGCAGACGAAAGAAGGUGAUUCCAGUGAGGUUUGAGGUUGGAGACCUGAUAUGGGCAAAGUUUAGUAGAAGACCCUGGUGGCCUGGUACUGUGUGUCUUGACCCUCUGUUGAAAAUUCACACUAAAAUGAAAGACCCCAGCAGGAGGCCUUGCCGACAAUAUCAUGUUCAGUUUUUUGGCAUAGUUACAGAGCAUGCCUGGGUAGCAUCAGCAGUCGUUGAGCCAUUUGAAGGAAGACAUCAGUAUGAACUGCUGGUUCAAAGGAAUGCCAAAAAUUCAGAUGAUGUACCGAGAAAUAAGAUUUCUGCCAAAGUAUACACGCAAUGGGAAGCUGGCCUUGUUCAGGCAGAAGAAGUGCUUUCCAUGUCUCAUGAGGAUAGGAAAUCAAAAUAUUGCCUAAUUGGUGAAAAAAAUCUGCUUCCAAGAUCCGAGGGGCAAACGUGUGGUAUUCAGCUCUAUUCAGAACCCAAGGAUAUAAUCAAGGCAACAAACUCUGGAAAUCAUGUCAAGGAGUCUGAAGAUUGUCAUAGGCACAAUAAGAAAAACAAAAUAAGCACUAAUGCUAAGAAUGCAAAAAAUUCUUCUGACUGUAAAUUGGGAAAGACUGUGAGAAGUAAGUUCUCAAAAUCUAGAGAUCCUGUCAAGGAUUCAGCACACUGCUUAUACAGUACAAACAAUAUUGUAAAUAACCUGCAAAUGAACUCCGCAAUCCUUAUAAAUGGUGUAAAUGAAGCCCCUGAUGAAUUGGUCACAGGAGUGGAGGGCAUGUCAACAAAAUCCAGCUAUACGGUUGAAAGUUCUUCACAGUAUACUAGUGUCGUAAGUACAUCAGAAAUUGUUUCAGCUGCAACUGCUGUCUUAAAUGGGACAGAUGAAGAGACAACUAAACAGCCUUUAAAAGUGAGAAAUAAUGCAACUUUAAUUCAACGCAAGAGAAAAGAUAAUGCCGUGCAGCACACUAUCUGCAAUGGAUUUGGAGCUCGACUGGAACACGCUUGCCAGAAAAAUCACAAACAGGCAAGAACACAGUAUCAAGAUCAAUAUAACCAGCAGAUGGAUGAGUUUGUUCUUGCACAGACCAUCGAGCAUAGCGCUAAACAGGAGCAGAGAAGGACAGAACAAUCUCAACUCAACAUUACAGAACUGACGCAGCCACCGUUUAUAGCAGCUACUGCUGAAGGCAAACGCCAAAGAAAACCCAGUAAGAAACUGCUUGAAUCAACAGAAGACUAUGAUCAAUUGUUUAUUCCAAAAAAGAAACUGAAACCGGGAUUUGACCCCUUGCAUCAGGGAACAGCAGAACAUUUGGAAAGAUCAAUCCAAGAAACAGAAUCGCAGCAAUCUAGAAUUGGUAGUACUGAAUCAAAGAAGCGUCAACGCAAAAGGAAUUUCAAUCCUUCACAGUCUUGCCCCAUACUGGAGGCAUGCUUGUCUACACCUUUACCAGAACUAUCCCUGUCCACACUAGUAGCAGGGCCAUUCCUAUGUACAACCAUAUCAGAACCCUGCUUCUCCACAUCUGUACCAGAAACAACCCUAUCUGCACCUGUACCAGAAACAUCCCUGCCAAUAUUUGUAGCAAAGCCUUCCUUAUCCACAUCAUUAUCAGAAUCGACUUUCUCCGCACCUCUACGAGAACUGCCUUUGUCCAGGCAUGCAGCAGAGACUUCCCUAAUCACAGCUUUAGUUGAAUCAUCUCUAUCCAUGCCAGUAACAGCACCAGUACUGGCCACAUGUGCAGCAGAACCACCCCUGAACACACCUGAAGCAGAACCAGCCAUGCCCAUGCUUUAUGCUGAGUCAGUGCUGUUCACACAUGAUCCAGAACCAUCUCAGCCUAUACCAACGAUAGAACAGUCCCAAUUCAAGAGUUCAGUAAAACCAUCCCAGACAUUACCUGUUGUGGAACGAUCCACAACUGCAUCAAAAGAAGUCCUGUCUUCUCCAGUAAUAGAAGAUUUCCAUUGUCGACCAUCAGCAAAUGCUGCUCUAACUGUACCUGUAGUUGACUCACUUUCAGAAGACUCUAGUCAACAAACAGAAAUGCAACAGUACAGAGGAGCCAGUGCUGUACAGAAGAAAAUGCAACGUAAAAGGUGUUUGACUAUUCUGCAGAUGAGUCCUAUAGCUCAGCAGGCCUUGCCAACAUCUGCAGAUGAGGCGGAGGCAAUACCCAUGGAACAAUCUGCUUCACCUGAAAAUAGUGAAAGAAAACGGCAUAGAAAACCAACUAAGAAGCUAUUGGAAUCAACUGGAGAUUUUGAUCAAUUUGUUCCAAAGAAGAAAUUCAAACGAGACCUUUAUCAUUCAUUUAAGGCAUGUACCCUUACAUUUUAA